AUGGAAAAUCACAAAAAAUCGGAAAAAUCUGGCUCUGAAGCGGGCGUUAGUCAAGUAAAACGACACAGUUUGACUCAAUUAAAACUUCCGAACAAAGGAAGCGGCACCGAAUUUUCUGACAAGUCCUCAACACCCAAAACUCCCACUCCAACACGUACUGUGGAUCGUCUCCUGCGAAAUUGUGAUGCAAUUGGCCUCUUUGAAGAACUAAAACACGUAAAUCCCUUUGACGAAACGUUCCGCAAGGCAGUUGAGAACAAAGAUGUGACAUUUUUAUCAUCAGCACCCUUGAAAGGACUCACUCCCGAAGACGAACUCAACACGCCACAGUAUCCAAGCUUGUUAAAAGACAAAGCCACAGAUCAAAAACCUUCGGAAAAACCCAAAACUGAGAGACCCAAGAACCGAAAAUUGCUGAAAAUGACAAAUUCUAACGUUUCCAAGGUCAUCAGACCAAUUUUACCGAAACCCUCAAGUAGUGCAAAAGCGAAAUUAAAGGCUUUCAUAUUGAAAGAUCUCUCGCCAGUCAUUGUUGAAAAGAUAAAAGACGAGAAAAAGCUAAAAAUAAUUAAAAACAAGUCACCCAAACCGACAGACAGUAACAGAGAAGCAGCUAAAAGGUAUCGCCAACGCGUGAAAUUGCUUCAAGAGCAACUCGAAGAAGAUAAUUUACGAUUAAGGCGCGAAAAUUCUGAAUUAUUAAAAGAAAAUUUAGCCUUGAAACGACAAAUUUUGAUGUUAACCAACAAAAAUUCAACUGAAACAGGUGAAAUUUAA